AUGAUGCCAUUAGCACAUUACAGUGACCGUAUGAUCUCCAGAGACAAAGUGGAGGCAAUUAAGGAACGAGAGAAGCAUGUGCCGGAAACAAUACUGGCGAGCGAUGUGAAGGAACGCAGAACACGGCUGCCAAAGGGAUAUCCGAGUGUGCACGAUGCGGACUAUGCGGCCAAAUGUGCGAAGUAUCAUGGAAGUGUACGCACAAGGGUGGAAGAGUACGAAUACCCUUCACAACAGAAGGCAGCUACACAGUUUUGCAAAAUUAAUCCCGUCACGCUCGACAAUGUCAUCCACUAA